AUUAACCCUUUAUUUUAUAAUAUCCAAACAUUAGCUUGAAUAUUAACAGUCGGUUCUAAAUCCGGCCGCAACCACCGCUAAGUGUCGCGUUGAGUGGUUCUCGAGCUCACACACUGCACUAGUCAUUCUUCUGUGCCGUCAUAAUUCAACAACAUCACAUAGUAUCUAAUAAACCUUCUAAACCUAAAUUCCCCCUUACCUACGUAUCCAUUCAUAGUUGCAUGUUCUUGCCAAUUCUUAACAACCCUCUAACCUCAAGAUUCACUCUCACAACCUUCUUUCUAAAAAUUCAUGGCACCCUUUAAUUUAUUCUUUCUGUUAUACCUUCUAUUCAUUCCAACAAGUGGCUAUGUUCAACCCUAUGAAGAUGGGUUCGUCUCUGGUGUUAUAUCUAAUAAGGGUCUUGAUUUUGCAAAGGAUUUGUUGAUAGAGAAAGGUAUUGAGUCUAUUGUUCUUCUUAAGCUACCAGAGAUUGAGAACUCUGCACAAGUUUCACUUGUUGGAAAGGCUAAGGUUGUUCUUUCUGAUAUCACAAUUAAGGAUGUUCAAGUCAAUUCUUCGUCUGUUGUAAUUGGAGAGAGUGGUAUAGUUGUUGUUGUUUCAGGUGCUACUGCUGAUUUGAGUAUGAAGUGGAAGUAUACUGUCAGCUCUUGGUUGAUUCCAAUUGGAAUUUCUGAUAGUGGGACUGCUUCAAUUAAGGUUAAAGGAAUGCAAGUCGGGCUUACAUUAAAUUUGAAGAACCAAGAAGGACGUCUUAAGUUGAGUCUAUUAGAUCAUGGAUGCUAUGUCGGAGAUUUGUCGAUAAAGCUGGAUGGUGGAGCAGCCUGGCUUUACCAAUUGCUAGUUGAUGCUUUUGAAGAGAAUAUAGCAUCUUCAGUAGAAGAAGGAAUUUCGGGGAAAAUAAAAGAAGGGAUAACAAAGCUUGAUAAUUUUUUGCAAGCUCUUCCAAAGCAAAUUUCAAUAGACGAAACUGCUGCGCUAAAUGUUUCUUUUGUUGGCAAUCCCGUGUUGAGUAAUUCGUCUGUUGCAGUUGCAAUUAAUGGUUUAUUCACAAGAACAAGCGAAAUUUUAGUACCUCAAAGUUACAAGAAAGGAUAUAAAGUUUCUUCUGCAUGUGGUGGUUUACCAAAGAUGAUAAAGGUUUCAAUACACGAAAACGUGUUCAAAUCUGCUUCCCUAGUUUACUUCAACGCAGGUAAAAUGCAAUUGAUUAUCGAUGAACUACCCGAUCAGGCUCUUCUGAACACUGCCGAAUGGAGAUUCAUAGUUCCUCAAUUGUACAAGCGAUAUCCAAACGACAACAUGCAGAUUAAUGUCUCUGCAUCUUCUCCACCAGUCAUACAAGUGAGCUACCAAGAUAUCGGUGCUACUGUUUCCGUAGAUGUAACGAUUAAUGUUCUAGAAAGCGGCGAAACCAUACCUGUUGCAUGUCUCUCAGUGGAUGUUAGCGCGUCAUGUUCUGUGGAAAUUUUAGGAAACAAUAUUGCUGGUAGGAUUAGAUUACAAAACUUUUCUGCAUACUUGAAAUGGAGCAAAAUAGGAAAACUGCGCAUACAUCUUAUUCAGUCGCUGAUUUCAAGUGCCCUCAAAACAGUUGUUCUGCCGUACUUGAACCGUCAAUUGAAGAGUGGAUACCCGUUGCCAACCAUAGAUGAUUAUGGAUUUCAGAAUUCUAUUGUCUUGUACAAUUAUCCAUGGAUUUCAGUGUGUAGUGAUGCUUCCUUUAUAGAAGAAGAUUACUAUCUUGUUCAACAAUCAACUUAUGCAUCAUAAAAGUACUGUAAAUAAUUUUUCUGCUGUAUUCUUUGUGGUAAGUUAUCUGUAAAGUCUGAAGAAUAUGAAUAUUGUAUGUAGAAAUAAGAAAUCCAUCAGCCCUCCAAUCCUAACUAGACUUAAACAAAACCUGAUAUUGCUAGGCUGAAGUCAACACCAAGGUUGAAACUCUAAUUCUUGGAGACCAUUUAUGCCUCUGGAUAAAAAAAAUCCAUCUGUAUAGACUACUUGUGUAUAUGAAUAUUUAUCACCAACCCAUCUGUACAGGCUACUACUUGUGUAUAUAAAUAUUUAACACUUAUAUCAAACCAAUUAUGCAGCUGUGAAUAA